UUUCAUUCAAUACACUGUAUGAGAAAUUUUUGACUCGUUUCAUUUGUGCAUCAUCAAAUCAAGUUCGCCGACAGUGAGAGUUGGAUUUCUAAUUUAUUUUUAUAGUUGUUCUACCAAAGCACUACGAUGGAUCCGUGGAACCAAGAACUCAGCACUGGUACAUCCAUCAUGGCUGUUGAGUUUGAGGAUGGUGUAGUGUUGGGCGCUGACUCCCGGACAACUACUGGUGUUUACAUUGCCAACCGUGUGACUGACAAGUUGUGUUCCAUUUCUGAGAAUAUCUAUUGCUGUCAGUCUGGUUCCGCUGCAGACACUCAGGCCAUCUGUGAUAUUGUUGCUUACCAUCUUAAAUUUCACCAAAUGGAGCUAGGAGAAGAACCACGAGUUGAAGUUGCCGCUAAAAUAAUGCAAGAAAUUUGCUAUGAAUACAGAGAUUCAUUGAUGGCAGACAUUAUCCUUUGUGGCUGGGACAAGUACAAAGGAGGACAAGUUUUUGCCAUUCCUCUGGGAGGCAUGAUCUCAAGACUGCCAGUGGCUAUCGGGGGUUCGGGAAGUACAUACGUCUAUGGCAAUGUCGAUGCUGAAUUCAAGCCUGGCAUGACCAAGGAGCAGUCCCUUAAGUUUGUCACCGAAACUCUGACGUGCGCAAUGGCCCGGGACGGCUCAAGUGGUGGAGUUGUUCGUCUAGCAGUUAUCACAAAGGCCGGUGUGGAGCGUCAUGUGGUCUUGGGUGACCAAUUGCCACGAUUCUUUGAAGGCUGAUAAAAAUUUUCUCGUGUAAAACCUUAACACUUACCAGAACCUUGUAUAUCGAUUGAUUCAAUAAAUUUUAUAGCUAAGUAAUUGAA